AUGUUGCAGCAUCCAUUACAACUAAAUGGGUCGUGGGCAGAUGUCCUCAUACUGAUCAUUGGCGCUGUUCUGCAACAGGGAUGUACUCUUGAACCGAGAUACGCUGCAGGUAGAGUCGUAACUUUGCUUCUAUUCGUGGCACUAACAAUACUGUAUGCAGCGUAUUCUGCAAAUAUUGUGGUACUGCUUCGAGCCCCAAGCUCGUCAGUGAGAUCUCUUACGGAUCUUCUCGAUUCGCCUUUAAAGCUUGGUGCCAGUGACUUUGAAUAUAACCGAUAUUUCUUUAAGAAACUAAACGAGCCAGUACGUAAAGCUAUUUACAAUAAGAAGAUAGCUCCAAAAGGAAAAAAACCUAACUUUUACACUAUGGAGGAGGGCGUCGAGAAGAUAAGACGGGGUUUGUUUGCUUUUCACAUGGAGCUAAACCCUGGAUAUAGGUUGAUUCAGGAAACAUACCAGGAGGACGAGAAAUGUGAUCUGGUGGAAAUCGAUUAUAUCAACGAAAUAGACCCUUGGCUGCCGGGGCAGAAGCGUUCACCGUAUAAGGAUUUGUUCAAAAUAAAUUUUAUGAAGAUUCGAGAGACAGGUAUUCAGUCAAACAUCCACCAUCGUCUCCAUGUGGGCAAGCCGCGUUGUUCGGGCAUCAUCUCUGCUUUUAGUAGCGUCGGCAUCACUGACAUGUACCCGGCUCUCAUCGCCACUUUGUACGGCGUGUUCAUAUCCAUCGCUGUUCUGUUCUUGGAGAUAGCCUACAAAAGACUGAACACGUUGGAUCAAAGUGAGGGGGAAAUGCUGAAUUUAUUCAAAGAAUUAAAUGAUGGUUGUGUUCAGUCAUCCUUAACUUUUAACGAGAAGUCUCAUUUCCAAGAUCACGCUUUGUUGUUUUUUGUAGAUUUGGAUUGUCCUAACGCAGAAGCUCUAUUUAACGUACCAAAGCUUCUCCGCUUUCCUUACCGAUGGCUCGCAGUCUAUGAUAGAGAGCAAUACAAAUUCAAUGUGACAAUGAUUUGGGAUCUACCCCUAUUGGCUGAUAGUGACUUCGUUCUCGCUGAAAGAACUGGAGAUAACUAUACAUUAAUUGAAUUACAUAAGCCUUCGCCAGCUGGUCCAACAUAUUCCAAUCCUCGAGGAUACUAUAAUGGGACACUAAUUGAUACAAGACCUCAUAAAGAACUAUUCCGACGGAGGCAAAAUAUCAUGGGUCAUCCCCUAACAAUGGCUAACGUUAUUCAGGACAGCAAUUCUUCACAGUAUCAUUUACCUAGAGAAGAUAGACUGGAGCUUCAUUUAGAUAGUAUAGCUAAAAUAUCAUGGAUCAAUGUUCAUAUAGCUUUCCAAAUGUUGAACGCCACGCCUCGUUACAUCUUCAGUCAUAGAUGGGGUUAUAAGCGAAAUGGCCAGUGGUCAGGAAUGAUCAAUGACUUAAAUACUGGUAGAGCUGAUUUAGGUACAAAUUGUGUGGCAAAUUCUGAACGUUUGAGCGUCGUCGCCUAUACUGAUUCGAUUGCCAAGUUCAAAGUAAAGUUCAUUUUCCGACAGCCACCACUUUCGUACGUCGCUAACAUCUUCACUUUACCAUUCUCCGUCAACGUUUGGAUUUCUGUUAUUCUUUCGAUAAUUAUUUCCACUUUUACCAUUUAUUUGGCAUCCAAAUGGGAAGCUUUUAGGAUUGGCACAGAUCAAAUGCAAUUAGAUGGUGGUAUUGGUGACGCAAUGCUUUUAACUUUAAGUGCACUUGGUCAGCAAGGUUGUUCUAAAGAACCGAAAAAACUUGCAGGACGUAUAAUGUUAUGGAUAAUAUUUGCAGCUCUUAUGGCACUAUAUGCUGCAUAUUCCGCUAACAUUGUGGUACUACUGCAGGCUCCUUCCAAUUCUAUACGAACUUUGGAACAACUGGUCAAUUCUAAGAUGACCCUUGCAGCAUUGGAAGUGGAUUAUAAUCAUUUUGUAUUAAAGGCACAAAAAGAUCCGAUCAGACUUAAAAUAUAUAAGAAGAUAGAGCCAGAUAAAGGAAAAGCUGAAUAUUAUGGGUUGAAUGAAGGCGUCGAACGAGUCCGAAAGGGUCUUUUUGCAUUUCACGUAAUAGCGGAGCAAUUGUAUCGACGAGUCGAGGAGACUUUCUUGGAGACAGAGAAGUGUGAUCUCGUGGAAGUAGAUUUUAUGAACAUUCUCGAUCCGUUUGUGCCAGUGUACAAAUUCUCUCCAUAUUUAGAGUUGCUGAGAGUAGCUUUCAAGCGCAUCCAUGAAUCAGGUAUUCAGGUGGCUGUAAACAAGCGUAUUCAUGUUACAAAACCUCAUUGCUCCGACAAAAUAACAACGUUCAGGAGUGUCAGCUUUUUGAAUAUUCGACCACUCCUGCUGUUCAUGUUGAUUGGCAUUGCUAUAUCUAUUGUGAUACUCAUGCUUGAAAUUAUACACGAAAAG